AUGUGCUUGCAGGUCACUCAAGCCAUGUCCACUCUCCAUGAGCAAGGAAUCUGUCAUGGUGACUUUCGGCCAGCCAACAUUCUCGCCCACAUAUCGAGACUAGACCAUCUUUCUGAAGAUGACUUGCUCACUUUGAUCGGGAGGCCAGAAACCGUAAAGGUUCUGACAGCUUCUGGUGACGAGCACUCUCUUCCUGGUGCCCCUCACUAUCUCGUGUAUCCAAUUGAUUGGCACAAAGUGGCCGAGAGCAUCGCUGGGAAAGACUUGAUCCUCGCAAAAGCCUGUGUAACAGACUUCGGCGAAAGCUUUAAUAUAACAGAGCCCACGGAAGAUCUUGGGAUACCACAGAUAUACUGUUCACCUGAAUACGUUUUGGACAGAAAAGUCGGCCUAGGCUGCGAUUUGUGGGCUCUCGGAUGUACUCUGUUCGAGAUUCGUACAGGAAGAAGGCUGUUCGAUACAUUUGAUGACGACCCAGACGAAUACCUCUGCAAGGUAGCAAUGAUUCUUGGCAAGAUGCCGGAGCCAUGGUGGUCAGAAGUCUGGGAAGCGAGGAAACAAUUCUUCAAGGACGAUGCAGAUGAGGCUGGCAAGGUUGUCGAAGUACAACGAGAUGUCAAUACGGGCGCCUCGAACUCUGGCAAUGAGCAUAAUCGUGCAGGCUGGCCGCAACCGGUCGCCGUCCAACAAGAGCCAAGGUCACUACAAGAUUCGUUGAGCUCCGCUCUCUUCAUUGGGAGUAGAUACUGUCCUGACGGUAUACACAGAGCGAUGCCGAAAGAGGAGAUUGAUAUUUUCUCGGAUCUCCUCUCCAAAUUAUUGGUGUUCUGUCCCGAGGACCGCCUCACAGCGAGCCAAGCACUGGAACAUCAAUUCUUCAAGGUCUGA